AUGGGGGCGGGUGGAAACUACCAGCCGGACCGGGAGGUGAGCGACGUGGACGACCCCGACCUGGGGGCGGCCUCCUUGGAGGACGACGCCACAGGCGGCGUCUAUGGAGCCGGCGGCUCCGAGGAAGGGGGCGGCGUUGAGACGUGGCCGGACGACUUCGAGGAGGAGGAGGACGAGCCGCGCCCUUCCCGGGGCACCAGCAAGGCGGACGCGGGCCCCUUCGCCGAGCCGACUGCUCGAGGCAGCACGCGAAAGCGCAAACAAGGCGCCGCCUUGUUCGGCAGCGCGCCGAAGAAGGCCAAGACCCCGACCGCUGCGACCAGGCGGAAGGCGGCCAAAUUUCAGAAGCUCCCGAAGGCGCCUCCCAUGGUGUUGGCGGCUCAGCUCUCACUUCAGAAGUCGGCCGCCGCCUCCGUUAUCGGGUCGGCGGAGGCCUCCACCACUAGCCGGCGAACCAAUCCUGCGGCCGACCUCCAGGAGGCGCAGGAACGAAACGCGCAUGAGGCACGCGAGGAGCAGGAGGCCGCCCGCCUGGAGAAGGCAGAGGCCGAGGCCGAUGCCGCUGCGAAGAAGCGGCUUGAAGAAGCCGCACGCCGCCAGGAGCCGCUAUUCAUCGUUCCUUUGAGUUCUGCACCGCCUCCACCAGAGUUCACGGCGCCGACUGGAGGAGCCGGCGACGAGCACCCCAUCAUGGAGAGGGAAGGCGGCGACGUUGUUAUGCCGGACGUAGUCGUGCCUCCACCGCCGCCGUCCGAAGGAGCGCGGGACAAGCAGCCGGCUGACUCGCCGGUGCCACCAGCCGGAGAAGAGAUGGUGACGGGCCCAACUCCUGGGGCCCUCACACCAACACGCCGUCGCUUUGCAAAGGCGGACUCAGCGCCACGGCCGCUGGAAGCCAGCGUCGCGAGCUCAUCGAUCCCUGAUGCCGAAGCGACCAGCGCUGCACCCGCUGACUGGGUGCGGGGAGGCGGGACGGGCCCUUUAAAUCAGACGAUCUUGGACGUCCAAGGAAAGCUCCGAGCCGAGGCCGGCGCCCUGAAGCGGUGCAAUAAGGCCUUCUUGGAAUCGCGCGCAGCCAUCCAGGACUAUCAUAACCUCUAUGCGGUCGCCUUCAACUCUAAUGUCCGAGAUUUGGACAAACGGACCGCCGACCUGUCGGAGAGCCAGAAGGCCAACGCUGCCCUACAGCAACAGCUGGGUGAAGCCAACACUGCCUUGCGCGCCAAGGAGGUGGAGUGCAACGAGCUGGCCCAAGAGCGUGACCGGCUGACCAUGCAACUGGCGGAGCAGGCGGAGCUUCUCAAGAAAGCCCAGCAGGAGGCGGAGGCAAAGGAGUCCAAUCUCCUUGCUGAGUUCGAGACCGAAUGCUCCGCGUGGACCGAUAAGGAGGCAUUGCUGACUGCCGGCUUGAACGAGAUUGAAGACAUGGUUGACGAUUUCUUCCCUGGUCACUCUGGUGCUGCCAAUCAGGCCAUCGAGCUUGAUCGCGAAGGGCGGAGGGCGGAAGGUGCAUAG